GAAAGAAGAAUUCAUCAAGAAUUACCAACCCUGUGAUUGGGAGCUACUUAGCCGAGAAGAACAGCUCCAGAUUGCUAUCACUAGGAUACACCGCAAAGAAGACGAUACCAUCGCUGCAAAGAUACUUGUAAACGAAGCACUCCGCGAAUACAAGGAAUACAAACGAGAACAGAAGCUCAGAAUGUCUAACUCUAUUACUACUGCGAGCACUAACCUCAACACCUCAUCGGGAGUCCCUAACAACCACUCUGCCGCCGAUAACAUAGGCAAUCCGGAAGAUACUUCAGUCGACGAACUCGACGAAUUAUUGAACUAUCCUCGCGACCCGACCUUGCCGGACCGCUCCCAGCUCCAACGAGACCAAGGAGCUCCGCUACCUCUCGAAGACCAAGUCCGACAACUCAGCAUGCUUCAGAUCAAGAAGAAGACGACCGAGACGACCGACACUCAGAUCAUCAACGACUCUCAGAACAAAACGAGAGACGAAGCGAUGGAUCUAGACAAUCCCUCGACCUCCUUGGAGGAUACCCCGAAACGCCCCAACAGCCCCGAUAUAGUGGCGUUGUCCAAGAAGGAACGCAUCCGCCUACUGAUCAAAGAACACAUAGCUAUUUGGAAGAGGUUCGUACUCGAGAAGCCUUCCGGAGCAACCCCCGAACUCCGAACAAUCUUGCACCAGGCACAGGAAUCCCAGAAAGCCUUACAGAAGCUGAUCACCAAAGAAGAGCUCAAAGGCUACGUCAAGGGGUGGAACCCCUGGGACGCCAAACACGAACUAUUCCCUCCGCCGCCAAAGAAAGAAGGCAAGAAGAAGAGCUCCACCUCGAAGAGAGCCCAGCAAUACGACGAUCCUCGGGUCUGGGGGGACGUUGUAGGACUCCUGGGACGGAUAGACACGGUUGAAAGGCUAUUACAACUUACGGGUGGUUUGAAAGACCUGCCCCUCUAA